AUUAUGAAAUAAACAAAAAUUAAAAAAGAGAAUUUUUUUUGGUGUUUCAAGCACGUUGAAGUUUACUUACAAAUUUUAUUGUAUUAUAUAGAUUUUACCAUGGCUGAAGGAGGUUACAAAGUGUAUAUCCGCUUUGCCAGCGGUCAAGGUGUCACUGUAAUGGACGGGAAAAUCAGACUCCGUGAAGAACCGGCUUGGAAAGGCUUGCAGAAUUACUACGAAACCCAAAAAGAUAAGCUCGUCAUCAAUGAUUUGAUGAAAAAUGACCCGCGUCGGUUUGAAAAAUACAGCUUGAAGCUCGACACGCCUGGUGAUGGAACAAUCUUGGUUGACUUCUCGAAGAAUCGUAUCGACGAUGCUUGUCUCACGUUGUUGCUUAACUUGGCGAGGGCCAGGAAGGUGGAGGAGGCCAGGGACGCCAUGUUCCUCGGGGAGAAGAUCAACUUCACGGAGGACCGCGCCGUGCUGCACGUGGCGCUGAGGAACCGCGGGAACGGCGCGGUCUCGGUGGACGGCGAGGACGUCAUGCCCGACGUGAACAAGGAGCUGGCCCACAUGAAGCAGUUCACGGAGCAGGUCAUCUCGAAAACCUGGAAAGGUUACACCGACAAGCCAAUUGAAGACGUGGUGAACAUUGGAAUCGGUGGCUCGGACUUGGGGCCACUGAUGGUGACGGAAGCACUGAAGCCCUUUGCCAUUGGCCCAAAGGUGCACUUUGUGUCCAACAUAGACGGGACACAUCUGGCGGAGACGUUGAAGACCCUGGAUCCGGAGACGACUCUGUUCAUCAUCGCCUCAAAAACGUUCACCACCCAAGAGACCAUCACCAAUGCCCUGUCCGCCAAACAGUGGUUCCUGUCUAGAGCCAAUGAUCCGGCUGCGGUGGCGAAGCACUUUGUGGCGCUGUCGACGAACGUGGCCAAGGUGGAGGAGUUCGGCAUCGACAAGAAGAACAUGUUCGGCUUCUGGGACUGGGUGGGCGGGCGCUACUCGCUCUGGUCCGCCAUCGGCCUCUCCGUCUGCCUGUCCGUCGGCUUCGGCAACUUCGAGAAGCUGCUGGCCGGGGCGUACUUCGUGGACAACCACUUCCGCACCGCCCCGCUCCACCAGAACGUGCCCGUGAUUCUCGCCCUGAUCGGCGUCUGGUACAUCAACUUCUACGGUGCCGAGACGCACGCUCUUCUCCCGUACGACCAGUACAUGCACAGAUUCGCGGCGUACUUCCAGCAGGGCGACAUGGAGUCCAACGGCAAGUACGUGACUCGCGGCGGCCACGAGGUGGACUACGCCACGGGCCCCGUGGUGUGGGGGGAGCCCGGCACCAACGGCCAGCACGCCUUCUACCAGCUCAUCCACCAGGGCACGAGGCUGGUCCCCUGCGACUUCAUCGCCCCCGCGCAGACGCACAACCCCAUCGGGGGCGGCCUGCACCACAAGAUCCUGCUGGCCAACUUCCUGGCGCAGACGGAGGCCCUGAUGAAGGGCAAGACGGCCGCAGAGGCCCGCGCCGAGCUGGAGGGGGCAGGCAUGUCCGGGCCGCAGCUCGAGAAGAUCCUGCCCCACAAGGUGUUCAAGGGCAACCGCCCCACCAACUCCAUCGUCGUGCCGAAGAUCACCCCCUUCACACUGGGCGCCCUCAUCGCUAUUUAUGAACACAAAAUUUUUGUGCAAGGAGUGAUAUGGGACAUCAAUUCUUAUGACCAGUGGGGGGUGGAGCUGGGAAAACAACUAGCCAAGGCCAUUGAACCAGAACUGAAGGACACCACGCCUGUGACCAGCCAUGAUCAGUCGACAAAUGGUCUUAUCAACUUCCUCAAGGAGAACUUUUAGAAUUCUGCGUAAAUUUGUGAGGGUGAAUUUAUUUCUGUUGGAUCAGUUGUAGGCAAAGUUAAUAGUUCAUUAAAUGUUGCGGUGGGUGGAGCGAUGGGGUGUAUCGGCACUACGGCAUGCAUGUAACCAAGUUAGAUGUCUGUUUGUAUGUAGAAGCUGUGACCUAGUUGGAUGUACCUACAUAAAUUAUACUGAUGUAUGCGUGUGUUUUGUUGAUGAUGCUUUUGAUGAAUUUUUGUUGUUCAUAAGUUUUUGUAUGACUUUUAAUUAUUAUUGUUAGUUAUUUCCGAGUUAUAAAUUAUAAAAUAAAAUUUUUAUUCAUUAAAUUGUUGUCUGCAGUACAAUUUCAACAAAUUAUCACUGCAGCUCUACCCAUAAACAUGAACAGGACUGCCUCCUGUUAAUAGCAACUGACUAGACCAUUUGUGAUUAUUUUUAGGGGGGUUGUACUACAGAAAAUAAUUUCAUGUGAAUUUUACUGUGUUAAGUACAAUUUUUGUACCAGUGUUAUGAAAAUGUUAUUUAAAUCAUUUGUAUAUACAUCACUUAUAAGUUCACUAAUUUAGGGAAUUUUUAUCAUACUCCCGGCUUCAGAAAUAAUUGUUUUUGUUUCAGAGGAAUAACAGUUAAUAUUAUAGUGUAAAAAAAGAAAUAGUAGUGGAAAUUUUAGUACUAGUGGCUGAGAGAAAAUAAAUGCAAAAUUGUUAUUGCUGGAAAUACAUGUACAUGUAUGAAUAAAUACUUUAAAAGAAAGUA